UUUCCAUCUGUGCGGCGGUGCGGGAGGAGGAGGCUCUCGAGAAACUGGGGUCUCUGCCAAGGCGGUAGGGCAGAUUUGAAGCGCAGUGACAUGACACAGCGGUGUUUUCACGGCUCAGGACUGAAAAACCUCCCACCCAGAACAUUCUGCCACUGACACGGAACUUGGAGCGAUGCUUAAAAUCACUUUCGUCCGGACGGUUUGAGCCCCAACUCUAGCUUCGAGUUUUGAGGAUGUUUCGGAGAUGGCCUGAACUUUUCUUCCUUCCCAGAGUUAACAGUCACCCUGCGGUUUACUCGGAGCAUGCAGCCUUUAGAAACACACUCCGGUAGCUCGGUUCUGGAAUCCCUGCUUUUGUUUUUCCUCUCAGGCCGGGGGAGGAGAUGAGUUUCUCAGGAUGGGACUGUGCCUCGGUACCGAAGUCACAGAGGAUCAGAAGAAGGCGAGGAUACUCAGUGCCAAGAUAGACAGAGAGCUGUACGAGGGCGCCAAGCGGGAGAUGAAUGUGGUUAAAAUCCUGCUACUAGGGGCAGCAGAAAGCGGUAAAAGCACUUUGGUGAAACAGAUGAAGAUCAUCCACAGUAAUGGAUUCACCAAGCAAGAGCUCAUCAGCUUCAAGCCUGCUGUACUGGAUAACCUCCUGACCUCCAUGAAGUUCGUCCUCCACGGUAUGGGCGUCCUGCGGAUCAACCUGGCUAACAGCAGGAACAAGGUCCACGCCCACUCUGUCCUGUCGUGUGGGCGGUGUUUUGACGAAGAACAGGUGCUGUUUCCUUUCCUUGACCACGCCCUGUCCUAUCUGCUGGCCGACCAGGGGGUGAGGGCGGCGGCGGCCCGGGGAUACGAGUACGAGCUCAAUGACUCUGCGCUGUAUUUCUUUGAGAACCUGACCCGCAUCACGUCUCCAGAUUACGUGCCCACAGAGACGGACGUUCUGCGAGUACGACUGAGGACCACAGGCGUGAUAGAGACCCAGUUCAAAGUCAACCAUCUCAUUUUCAGGAUGUACGACGUUGGAGGCCAGAGAACUGAGCGGAGGAAGUGGAUUGGUUGUUUUGAGGACGUCAGGACGGUGCUGUUCGUGGUGUCGCUCAGCGGUUACGACAUGACCCUGGUGGAAGACCCUUCUGUGAAUCGUCUUCAGGAGAGCUUGAAACUCUUCUCCUCCAUCUGCAACAACGUUUUCUUCCGCAGCACAUCCAUGAUUUUAUUCAUGAACAAGAUAGACCUCUUUCAAGACAAGAUCUUACACUCCGGGCGACAUCUGCGGCUCUACCUGCCACAGUUUAAAGGUGCCGACUGUGAUGUGGAUUCUGCCGCCCGAUUCAUCGCCGCCACCUUCGUCUCUCUCAACGCUACCCCCAGCAAACUCAUCUACCACCACUUCACCACGGCAACCGACACCUCCAACAUCGAGGUGGUCUUCCAGGUGGUCAUGGACAUGAUCAUCAAAGAGAACCUGGAGGCCGUGUCGCUCCUCUAGCUGCCAGUCGCUCAGAGACAGUCUCCUUAUGGAGGUCUUAUUUUAAAAGUCUGCUCCAAGCGCCUGUUUUCUCUCUCUCGAGCUACAUCCUGGAAGCUCUCAUGCUCUUGGAUGUGUUGCAUUUAAUCCUUUGGGAUGCUCCACGUAGCCUAGAGAAGCUCUUUUCUAAAGGAGAAACACCUUUUGCCUUUUUAGGUUGACUUGUGUUUAGUUACGGGCAUUUCUAAAUCUGUACUGUACUUAAACCUGACUAUGAAUCGUGAAGUUACUUUUUAGAUGACUUGGUAUACAUGCCAUUUAUUUGCCCAUCACAUCCUGUUGUGUGUGUGGGUGGGACACAGAGGAGGCGAGGAUUAACUGUUUGUCCGUUACUUCCUCUGCGCGCCGGUCACUCGUGCAUACCGCAGGGUGUUUUCCGCUCAUCCAUCACUGUGUCUGUGCACAUCCUGUGCGUCACACCCUCCUAAUGAGGCGCUGAUCACAGUAAAAGCACUCCGGUUCAUGUUUACUGGUCCUGAGCUGAAAUUGACACUUCUUUUAUUGUCAUCUCUGCUUUUACUUGUUCCCCUGACUCUUACCAGUCAGCCAAGAUGCUGGUUUCUAAUGUUAGAAAUGGGAAAAGUGCACGUAUAAAGAGACAUCCCUGAACUGUCUCCCAACUGUUUUAAUUGCCUUUCUUUUUGCCUUUCUUACAUGCGCUCAUAAAACCUGAUUUGUAAACCAUGGAUGAUGCUUAAUCUAUGUGAUUUGUGUGGCAUUAACUCCGCUUGGGGUUUGACUGUGGAGGCUCCCCUGAGCUACAGACUAUCACAAGAGCUCCAGCAAUAAACAAGAUAUGGUAAUGACUGAUACACUCUGAUAUGCACACUGAAGAUGAAAAACAAGCGAAACACAGCCCUAAGUGCCUCAUUAUGAAGUGUUUUCAUCUGUUGUGUAACUUAAAUGCUUAAUAUGUAUGAAAUGUUUUUAUUUUUCCCACUUUUAGUAUUUCUACUCUUUGAAUCUCAAACGCCAUGUGAUAAUCAGACUUAUUUAUGGUCUGUACUGAGUAUUGCACUGUUACUGCGAUUCGAAUUAAAUGUGAUAUGCUGACGACCUUA